AUGGACGAAUCAAAUACUACGCUUGAAAAUGACAAGUUUUACGCGAAACAUGAAGUGCGAAACACUGCGGACGAUCUUGAGGUCGUGUACACAUGGCAGAUGGAUUUCAAUCGGAGCCUGCUCAGUGCCGCUACAAUCCUAGUACCAAAGGCUACCGCAGUCCCAACGACGGUGAAUGGAAUGCCCGUGUGGGCCCAUAACUCCUGGGUGUGUCUUUUUGCGGCCAUGUUAGCCGUUGCUAUUGGUGGCAAUGCUAUUGUCAUUUGGAUCGUUACGGCACACCGCCGCAUGAGAACAGUCACCAAUUAUUUCCUGGUGAACUUAUCAUUCGCUGAUCUGAUGAUGUCGUCUCUCAAUUGUUUAUUCAACUUUAUCUACAUGCUGCACAGUGACUGGGUGUUUGGAGUGCGGUACUGCAAACUGAGCAACUUUAUCGCGAACGUAACGGUGGCUGCCAGCGUUUUCACGCUAACUGGAAUCUCGUUUGACAGGUACCAAGCGAUAGUUCGACCGAUGCGGCCGAGAAUGUCGAAAACCUGCUCACUCAUCAUGAUUGCUGGCAUCUGGUUGAGCGGGAUGCUGCUGGCAAUACCUUGCUUAUUGUAUUCCACGACUAAGGAGUAUAGAUCAAAAGGAACAUUAAGGACUGCGUGUCUCUUGUUGUGGCCUGAUGGGUUGCCAGAUGUAUCCUAUAUGGAUUUUAUAUAUCAAGUUCUAUUUUUUGUAGUAACAUAUGCAGUCCCUAUGUUGGGAAUGACGUUUUUUUAUUCGGCGAUGGGGAAGGUGCUUUGGGGUUCCAGAUCUAUAGGGGAACUCACGCAGAGGCAGUUGGAUUCAAUACGAUCGAAACGAAAGGUCGUAAAAAUGUUUAUCCUGGUCAUAGUAAUCUUCGGCCUCUGCUGGCUGCCGUACCACAGCUAUUUCAUUUACACACACUUCUACCCAUCCGUGCUGUACAUGAAGUAUAUACAACACGUAUACCUCGGUUUCUACUGGCUAGCAAUGGCGAACGCUAUGGUCAACCCCAUCAUUUAUUACUGGAUGAAUGCAAAGUUUGUCCACAGUGCAUAUGUUGUUAGUUGUAAAAUAAUGUCCGUGAAGUAUGCGCCUCUACAGGUAUCGAGGAGCACAGAGGAUCAAGAGGAAAUGCAGUGGUCGUAUGGCCGCAUUCGUAUCGGGUCGCGCGACACCCGUUGCAGAAACAGGCUUCGCUUGCUAGCUGCCCGCGCUGUCCGCACCGGACUUAUUACGAUGGAGUGCAACGGAUAUAAGUUUUUGGGUUGUGUAGUGGAUUUUGUGAAGUAA